GUAUUUUGACACAUCUUGACUCAAUGGUUUAUUUGGACCUUUCUUGCAACAAAAUCACCGGGGGUAUACCAAAGUUUAUCUGGGAGAGAUGGAACAAUAGCCUCUUCUAUUUAAAUCUAUCACAUAACUUGUUCAUUGGUAUGCAACUUACUUCAUAUGUUCUUCCUUUCAAUAGGCGAUUGGAAGUUCUUGAUCUUAGUUCCAAUAGGCUUCAGGGACAGAUUCCCAUGCCACAGUUAUCAGCGGAAUAUUUGGAUUAUUCACACAACAAUUUCUCUUCUGUCCUUCCAAACUUCACUAUAUAUCUUACCAAGACCAACUAUCUUAGGAUGUUCAACAAUAGUAUAAAUGGACAUAUACCCAAUUCCAUUUGCAAUUCGAGUUGGUUGGAUGUCCUUGAUCUAUCAUAUAACAACUUUAGUGGGCCGAUUCCAUCCUGUCUGAUAGAUAAUGCUCGACUAAGCAUAUUAAGUUUGAGAAAGAAUCACUUUGAAGGGACGUUGCCAUCCAAUAUCACAACUGAAUGUACGUUGCAGACAAUAGAUUUACAUGGCAAUAAGAUUGAAGGUCAACUUCAGAGGGCACUUUCUAACUGCAUUUACUUGGAGGUUCUUGACAUUGGAAACAAUAUACUACUUGAUAUUUUCCCAUCUUGGUUGAGUGGGCUUCCCAAUCUUCAUGUCCUCAUCUUGAGAUCCAAUGAGUUCUACGGUUCCAUUGAUGAUCUUGUUGGGUAUCGGCCAUCCGCGGAGUACUUUCCUAGCUUGCAAAUAAUUGACCUGGCCUCAAACAACUUCUCCGGCAAUCUGAGUUCAGAAUGGUUUGGGCAGUUAAAAUUAAUGAUGGUGAAGUUCAAUAGCACAGGAGAUACUGUUCUUGCUCAAAAUGUGGAAACUUAUACGGGAUACUAUCAAGAUUCUACUGAGAUCUCAUACAAGGGAUCCUACAUGCCAUUUGGAAGGAUCAUGACAACUUUAACAGUGAUUGACAUUUCAAAUAAUAGAUUGGAAGGUCAUAUUCCUGAAUCAGUUGGACGACUUGUUUCGCUACGUGUACUGAACAUGUCGCACAAUGCCUUCACGGGGAAAAUUCCAGCCAUUCUUGGCGGCAUGGCUGCUCUGGAGUCAUUAGACCUGUCUUGCAACCAACUCUCAGGAGAGAUUCCACAAGAGUUGACAAAUCUCACCUUUCUGAGCAUCCUGAACUUGUCCGACAACCAGUUGGUGGGGAAGAUACCACAAUCACACCAACUCUCUACAUUUGAGAAAAGUUCAUUCCAAGGCAAUUUGGGACUCUGUGGACCGCCGUUGUCCAACCCAUGUGGUGUUUCACCAUCUCCAAGUGAAGCGCAUGCGGAGAAAUCCUCUCAUGUUGAUGUCAUCUUGUUUCUCUUUGUCGGGCUGGGCUUCGGCAUCGGAUUUGCAGCGGCCAUUCUGAUGAGAUGUGGUUGGAUCGGCUAAUGGUUUGUUAAACCUGCAAGAGCCUUGAGGACUUGGUCAUGAAUGUGGCAGACUGAGUGCGAGCAUAUGCUUUCAGGGUGCUACACACGGGGUAUUGUCAUAUUGAGGUACAUAUGUACUUAGAUGUAAUCAUGUAAUAUGGAUAGUGCAUACAUUGUCUUUACUUCUGAAGUUUGUACUGUAUUCUUGGUUGUGGAACUCGUAUGGUCAGUCCUACCUUGUUUCUGAAGUUUGUAUUGUAUUAAGUAUUCUUGGUCGUGGAACUCGUAUGUGCAGUUCUACCUUGUAUAAGGCUUACUGCAUCUUAUCUGUAGUCUAUUUAUUUUUCUAAA